UGGGUCCAGGCGACAGCACUCAUCUCCCGCUUCCCGCCCGGGGCCGGGAGGUGGCGCCCCCGCCCCCGCUGUCAGUGGCCGCGCGACUGCGCGCUCCCUCCUCGCUGGCCGGCCGAGUGCGGGGCCGUGGAGGCUGCCCAAGCGGCCGCCGCCCUCCUGCCCCGGCCCCGGCCCACAACUCCACCAUGCUUCGGCGGAUUUUACAGCGGACCCCAGGGAGAGUUGGCUCUCAAGGUUCUGAUUCUGAUUCAUCAGCAACGCCUGGAAAUGUGUUGGAUGUCAACAAUGAAGGCUCUUCAGAGGGCUUCAUAUGUCCCCAGUGUAUGAAAUCUCAUGGAUCUGCUGAAGAGCUUUUCAAACAUUAUCAGGCAGUUCAUGAUUCUGGUAAUGAAUCAAGUCAUGGAGGAGAGGCUCUGAAACGAGAAGAUGUGAUAUUACUCCGACAAGAGGUCCAAGAUCUACAGGCUUCACUGAAGGAAGAAAAAUGGUACUCAGAAGAGUUGAAGAAAGAAUUAGAAAAAUUACAAGGGCAGCGGCAGCAAGAAUUAAAACCUGAUGGAUUGGCAACUGAUUCAUCAGCAGAACUCCAGUCAUUGGAACAACAAUUAGAUGAAGCCCAAACUGAAAAUUUUAACAUUAAGCAAAUGAAAGACUUAUUUGAGCAGAAAGCAGCCCAGCUUGCUACAGAAGUUGCAGAUAUAAAGUCAAAAUAUGAUGAAGAAAAAGGUCUUCGAGAAGCUGCUGAACAGAAGGCAACAAGCUUGACAGAAGAGCUAAAGAAAGAGACGACUGUAAUUCAAGAUCUAAAGACUGAAUUGCUUCAAAGACCUGGUGUAGAAGAUGUUGCUGUUUUGAAGAAGGAGCUGGUUCAAGUUCAGACCUUAAUGGACAACAUGACUCUGGAGCGUGAGAGAGAGUCAGAGAAACUCCAAGAGGAGUGUAGAAAGUUACGAGCUGAUUGUGUUAACUCUGAGGUCACGAUAAGCCAGCUAAGAAAUGAACUUGCCAAAGGUCCCCAGGAAGUUGCUGUGUAUGUACAAGAGCUACAGAAACUACAAAGUUCAGUUAAUGAAUUCACUCAAAAAAAUCAGAAUUUGACUGAAAAGCUAUUGAAAAAAGAACAAGAUUACAUUAAGUUAGAAGAGAAACAAAAUGAAGAGUAUAUUUGUAAAAAGAAUAUUCAAGCAAAUCUUCAUCAAAAAGAACUAGAUUGUCAACAGCUUCAAUCAAAAUUAUCUUCAACUGAAGCCUCACUGCAGAGGUUACAGGGAGAACUUGUUGAGAAAGGGGAUGUGAGCCAAAAACUCAAGGAAGAAUUGUCAGAAGUCGAGAGCAAGUAUCAGCAUCUCAAGGUGGAAUUCAAACAACUCCAGCAACAAAGAGAGGAGAAAGAACAGCAUGCUUUUCAGCUUCAAAGUGAGGUUAAUCAAUUACACAGUAAACUUUUGGAGGCAGAACGGCAACUAGGAGAGGCCCAUGGUAGGCUUAAAGAACAGAGACAGCUCUCCAGUGAAAAACUGAUGGACAAAGAACAACAAGUGGCUGAUCUACAGUUGAAACUUUCUCGUUUAGAAGAACAGUUGAAGGAAAAAGUGACAAAUUCCACUGAGCUGCAGCAUCAGUUCGAUAAAAUGAGGCAGCAGCAUCAAGAGCAGCAGGCCCUACAGCAGAGCACAACAUCAAAGCUUCGGGAAGCCCAGAAUGAUUUGGAACAAGUACUACGUCAAAUUGGAGAUAAGGACCAAAAGAUCCAAAAUCUCGAAGCCUUGCUACAGAAGAGUAAAGAGAACAUUACAUUACUUGAAAAAGAGAGAGAAGAUCUUUAUGCAAAAAUUCAAGCUGGUGAGGGAGAGACUGCUGUUCUUAACCAGUUACAAGAGAAAAAUCAUACAUUACAAGAGCAGGUAACUCAACUCACUGAAAAGCUGAAAAAUCAAUCGGAAAGUCACAAACAGGCCCAAGAGAAUUUGCAUGAGCAGGUGCAGGAGCAGAAAGCACACCUACGGGCUGCUCAGGACCGUGUUCUUGCCCUAGAAGCUAACAUUAGUGAAGUGAACAGUCAGUUAAAUGAAAGUAAGGAAAAAGUCUCCCAACUGGACUUACAGAUUAAAGCAAAAACAGAAUUAUUGCUGUCUGCAGAAGCAGCAAAAACUGCUCAACGAGCAGAUCUUCAGAAUCACUUGGACACAGCUCAGAAUGCAUUGCAAGACAAGCAACAGGAAUUCAAUAAAAUCAGUAAUCAAUUGGAUGAAGUAACUGGCCAGCUACAUGACAAGCAAGAACACUGUAUCCAGCUGGAAGCCUCCAUUAAGGAAUUAAAAGAGAAAAAGCUCUCUUAUGAACAGAGAGCUGAAGAAUUAGAGGGGCAAGUGAAGAAACUGGACAGUGAUAUUCUUGAAAUUAAAGCAAGUAAAGAACAAAUUGUACAUGAUCUCCAAGAGCAAAGGCAGCAAAAUGCAGAAUUAAAUCUCCGAGUUGCAGAGCUGAGUCAACAGCUGGAAGCUGAGAGAGAAGCUGUCUCCAAUGCCCAUUUGGAUCUACGGAAAAAAUCUGAUGCGUUUGAACAUGCAACCCAGAUGCUUUCUAAACAUGAAGAAGAAAAAGCAGGCCUUAAGCAAGAACUUCAGAAAUUGCAUCAUGAUGCAGAAAGUCAACGUAAAGAACUGGACAGCAAGGUUCAAGCAACUCUGACAGAUUUACAGCAAGUGAAGAAAGAGAGAGCUAGCCUAGAAAAGGAACUUUCUACGACCAAAGAUAAAUUAUUGAAAACCUCAGAGUCUCUGAAAGACACAAAGAAUGAAAUCGAAAAGGAAAGGCAGAGUGGAAAAAUAGCUUUAGCAGAAUUGGAAAAGACUUGCAAGGAAUUAAAACAUCAACUUCAAGUGCAAACUGAAUGUUCUAUAAAGGAAAAGAAUGAACUGAAGAAGUUAUUUGAAAAGGAGAAGGAGGUCACUCAGCAGUUGAAGUUGGAUCUCAGUUCUACACAGGAACAAGUCUUACAUGUUCAAAAUAUUUUAAAAGAAAAGGAAAAAGAGGAGCAACAACUUCAGGGGAAAUUAAAUUCACUAAAGCAGCUGCUUGAGCAGAGAAAGAAGCAGACUGAAGGACUCCAAGAAGAGAUGAAAAUUACCCUCUCCCAGAAGACAGAGCUUGAGAACAAACUACGGCAGCAGAUAACACUGUCAUGCCAGGACCUUGCAGCAGAGAGAGACAAAAUCUCAGCAUUACAGAGCACGUAUGAAAAGAGUCAAGAAAACCUCAAGCAGCUUCAAUCUGAUUUCUAUGGGAAAGAGUCAGAGCUACUAGCAACAAGACAAGAUCUCAAGUCUGUAGAAGAAAAGCUCUCUCUGGCUCAGGAGGACUUGAUUUCAAACCGAAACCAACUUGGAAAUCAGAAUAAAAUGAUUCAAGAACUUAAGGUCGCCAAGACUUCUUUACAGCAAGAUGUGGCCAAAAAAGAGCAGCAAUUACAAGAGCAAAGUGAAACACUGCAGGCUAUGCAAAAAGAUAAGUCCCUGAAAGAAAAAGAAUUAGCUAAUGAAAAGUCCAAACUGAUGGAAAUACAAGAAAUUAAGGGUAGGCAGGAAAAAGAAAUUGCCAAAUUGAGUGAAGAACUUGGGUCCUGCAAGCAAGAAAGCCUAAAGGAAAUAACAAAUCUAAAGGAUGCCAAACAGUUGUUGAUUCAACAGAAACUAGAACUACAGGGCAAAUUAGAUGCCUUAAAGUCAACUCUCGAACAGGAAAAGAAGAAACAACAAAUAGUCAAAGAUCAGUUAAAAAAGACUGAAGAUGAUCUGAGGAAAGAAUUCACUGAGAAGGAAGCUAAACUGCACACAGAAAUAAAAGAAAAGGAAGAGAAAAUUAAGAAACACGAAGAGAAUGAGACUAGACUUGCCAUGCAAGUGACAGCUUUGAAUGAAAAUUUGAGCACAGUAAAGAAAGAAUGGCAGGCCAGUCAACGGAGAGUUAGUGAACUAGAAAAACAGAUAGAUGACUUACGGGGUGAAAUUGCAGUAUUGGAAGCAACUAUUCAAAAUAAUCAAGAUGAAAGGAGAGCAUUGUUGGAAAGGUGUCUUAAAGGUGAGGGCGAAAUAGAGAAGCUUCAAGCCAAAGUACUAGAAUUACAGAGAAAACUGGAUAAUACAACCGCAGCCAUCCAGGAAUUAGGCCGAGAAAAUCAGUCAUUACAGAUCAAACAUACGCAAGCUUUAAAUAGAAAAUGGGCUGAAGACAAUGAAGUACAGAAUUGUAUGUCCUGUGGGAAAAGCUUUUCAGUCACAGUGAGACGGCAUCAUUGUAGACAAUGUGGGAAUAUCUUUUGUGCUGAAUGUUCAGCCAAAAAUGCCUUAACUCCUUCUUCAAAGAAGCCUGUUCGUGUCUGUGAUGAUUGUUUCAACGACUUACAAGGAUAACUAGUUAUCAUGUUCAUCAAACCAGAUUACACUAACAUUAGUUUUAAUAAAUGCACUUAAUAGAGUACUUGGACUACUACUUGAUUUGGACAGUGGUUGUAAUACUUGGCAAAAUCAGUAUAUUUUGAAAUGUUUAUUGAUAUCAAGUAAAACUCUUCUAUUUUUGUGAGACUUGGGCUCAUCACCUGUUGCUUUCUUUCCACUUACCUUGAAAACAUGCCUAGUUUAGAAUUAUCUAGUUAAAUGUAAAUAAAUUUUGAACAGAGAAUAUCAAUGUAUUUUUUUAAACAUAAUUUCAUUGCUCACAAACAUUUAAGUAAUCUCACAGCUUCUUUUCUACUUUCUCCAAAAGCUAACUUGCAGAAACGUACAAGGAUUCAAUUUAUCAGAUGUUUAUUUUUGUUGCACAUUACAUAUUCCUGUGUUUGUAUGCAGUAAACAUCCUCUCUACAAAAUAAUGCACAGCAUCACAAAACUUGCCAACCCCUUUUUAUUCUUGUAUCAUUUAUAUCAUAGUCCAGUUGCACCAUUUUGAUGUAAAAAUGUUGCUUGGGGACUUUAAAGUCUGGGUUUUGUUUUAUCCUAUUCUGAUUGAGUUCUGUUAGGCCCAUUUCAUAGAUUUCUGUGAAACCAGCCCCUUCCUCUGUAAUUGUCCAUGCCCUUGGGGAGAUAUCUGAAAGGUUUGAGUAUUUCUCUUGGUCUCUUCCUCUUUGUAUUUUUCAGCUCUUCUCCUUUCUCCUGUUUUCCCCCCAAAUAAAAAUAUCACAAAGAGAAUAUAUGCUAUAUUCAUACAAAAUUAUUCUUACUUUCAAGUUGAUCUUCUGAAAUUAACCAUUUUAUAUAACUUUUCCCCUUUUAUGUUUUUAAGGAAUAUGAAAUUCUCAGUUCUUUAAUGUUUUCAUUUUUUUCUUUUAUUUCAUAUAAUCUCCCCAAACUGUGUUAUAUGUCUAAUUGACUCUUUAAAAAACAAACAGAAAUCCUUACUUUCCUAGUAUCAGUUCUAAGACAGAAGAGCUACAAGGGCUGGGCAGUGGAGGUUAAGUGACUUGCCCAGGCUCACAGAGCUUGGAAGUGGCUGGGGCCAGAGUUGUACCCAGGUCCUCCUCACUCCAGACCUGGCAUUCUAUCCUUUGUACUACUUGGCUUCCCCUAAUCUAAUUGACUUAUAACUUUGCAUCUUAAAACUGGUGAUUGAAAUAGUGUUAGCCUAUUUAUUGAAAAAUAAAUUACCGAUUAAGGGUUAGUGAUCAUUAAGUUUUCAAAUAUUUCAUAUUUCUUUGUGUAAAUUAGUGGAAAAUUUUAAGUGUUAAAAUUGUCAACAAAUUUUGAUCCAGAACUUAAUUUUCCACUUGAUCUGAGAAAUCUUUUUUACUUUGAAAAAUAAUGCUUUAGUUACCUUAGAGAGAGACAUUUUUGCCCCGUCUAAGUACCUCAGAAAAUCCCAAAAGUUAUAACCUGAGCCGAAACAGAAAGCAUCCUGUGGUAUAGUGGAGAGGAUGCUUGGCUGUCUGAGAUACUUGGGUUCUAGCCCAAUUCAGCCAAAUUAUUUAGACUCUUUGGGCUUCAAUGACCUUACCAAUAAAAUAGAGGAGAUGAACUAGAUGAUCUUGCUGAUUUUAAGACUGACCCAUACCUAGAUGAAAUCUGAAUAUUUUGGAGACUUUUAGACUUUAGACCUUUAUUUUAUUAUAUUGUUAAUAUAUUUUUUAUGAGUUUGGGAAUGAUGGAAUUUCCAAAGUAAGUUGAAGUUACCCUAGGUUAUUGGCCUUUUCUACAAAAUAAAAAAUUAAAAAAAAAAUGAACACAGUGCUAAACAUGAGUCCUGAAGACCUUGAGUUCAAAUUCUACGUUCCACACUUAUUAGCUGUGUGACCCAGGGCAAGUCAAUCUUUCUUAGCCUCCAUUUCUUAUAAAAUGAAGGGCUUGGACUCAGCAGUUUCUAAGAUUCCUUCAACUCCAAAUCAGUGAUCCUAUUUAUAAUAUGUAGCAAUCAGAAAAAAAGAGUGAAUUAUUGAUAACUAGGAAAAAUGAGAACAAAAGAGUUUUUUCUUUUGCAGUCAAUAUUUUCCUGGAUUGUUUUCAAAUAUCAUGCCAUAAACAAAGUUACAUAUUUCUGAAGGACAUACACUGUAAUGGAGUCAAAUUUUCCUAAGCUAUUAAUGGAAUCAUGCAUGUAAAUCCUUUUAUCAAUAAAAAGAAAAUGAAUAAGCCCCUGUAAAGGAGACAAGCAUAAGCACUCAGGCAGAUAGGACAAAGAAAAUGAAUUGUUUUUCAUAAAAAAUAGAUUGAACAGAGAAUUAUUUACUCUGAAGUUAAAAUGGACUUUUUAUUUUUAAAAUUUCCCAAAUAGUUUUACCCUUGAUAUCUACAACCGAUACACAUGCAGUGACAUUGGUUUAUAGUAUCUGAGAGACAAACAGAAGCAUACAGGAUUCCUGUUAACAUAGUUUUUAGAACAAUAAAUAUGAAAAUUCCUCAGGAUUAGAUUCUCGGCUCCCUUCUUCCCUUGUUAUGGGAUGCACUGAAUGCCCCUUCCCUCUCCACAAGAAAAAUACGAUGGAGACUAUUAAAGAAAUGCUCUUAAGUGUUUAAUCUGAUUGCUUUUCUCAUUUCCAUCCAUGUCACAAGAUCCUUCAUGCUUUCUCACAAGUGAGUGAUGCUGAUGUUCUCACUGCCACAAAGCUCUUUGCUCUUAAUUUGUGAAGCUAAAGCUAUUUUGGAAACAAAAAGAAAUUAUCCCUUAAAAAAGAUUGAAUUAUGCUCCUGGGCUACAUACUCCAAAUGUGUGACUGCUAGGCGCUAUUCUUGUGUCUAUAAAUUCCAGCUGGCAGGUUCAGAUCUGUGAUGUGGCAUUACUAUAAAGUAGGCUGGUGAAUUCAAAUCCAGACACAGAAAUGAUAUUUAAAAAAAAAAAAGGCAAGCCUUGCUGGUUUAGUGUACACCAGACUGCACCUAUAGAGCUUUUGUAGAAAGAAGAUUGAAAAUGCUGCUUGUACAGGAUUUGUCUCUUUUGUAAUGAAAAAAGCCAGGGUGGGUGGGGGUGGGGAUAAACAGAAAACCUCAGUACAGGAUAUGAAUAGCAUUUUGUUUCAACUACCUCUUAGUGUGGAAUUGAGCUAAUUUUGAGUAGGGCUUCCUCCUGGUAGUGUUACAUAAUAAUUGCCAAAAUUAUUUGUAUCCCAUUGCCACAAAAGAAGUGAUUCUUGUGAUUAUUUUUAAAUUGUACAGUUCUGAGAUUUAUAAAAGGAAUUCUUUUCUUUAAACCUGUCAUAAAGAUGUUUCUUUUUUUCCCCCGUAAGUAAAGAGCAGAUUAUUAUCACACACUUUGAUAAAUGGGGUCUCUAUGACCACUGGGAAUUUUAUAUGCACUUUGGUUAUUCAACCACAAAUAUUAUCAUCCACAAAAUCAAAUGUGCCAUUAACUUCGCAUUCCUAGACACAAACUUGAUGAAUGGUAUUCUAUGAUGAAAGCGUGCCACACAUGAUCCUGUCUUAAUUGCCAUUUGCCUGGAUUCUAAUUUUUCAUUAUCAUUGCAGAUGUGAAUAUUGUGCAUAGACCUAUGGAAUUGAUGUAAACAUGUACAAAAUAGAAUUUGAAAUCACUAAGUUCUUGCUGUGUACAGUAGGCUGGUAACACGAUGCAGUGAUGUGUACAUGACACGUACUUCUGGGAACUGGAUCAUCUUCAUUAUCUGUAGAUGGGUUUGCAUGAAUUUUUUAUCUGACUUUUGGAUUCUUCACUUGUGUUGUAUUUACUACUUGUGAUCAUGUGCUCGUGCCUUAUAUCGUGGAAGAGUUAAGUUCAGCGUGCACUGUAUUACCUGAACUCAGGAUGGGAUGGCAAUUGAUUCUAAUUGUACCUAAUGGUGCUGCCAGAAGGUGGUACCUAACUCUGUAUAAAGAGCAUUGGAAGGAGGCUUGUUGCAUUUGUUUUUUAAUCUGUUAAAAGAAUAUUAAUAAAAACCCUCUUUCUAGCA